AAACAAGCAGUUUCCUUAAGGGUAGUUACAUGUAAGCCUAAUGACAGCUGUGAUUUUAUCUGUUUGAGAGACCUUGUUCAACUCGCUCGGGUGCAUUUUUCAGUGCACAUGUAAAGAAGAGCACCUCCUGCACUUAGUAUCAUAUUCGUUUUGUUUUAGUAUGAUCGGUGGCUGAAUGUUGGCUGGAUUCAGUUCGGAUGAUGGAGAACAGAGUGUUAAAGCGCUCUGAGGACUGUAAAAAUCCUCCCCAGCUCUUUACAUACUAUCAAGGCGACAUCAACACUGCAGUGGAUGAGCACUUUUUCCGUGCCCUGAAUAAAGCAACCACACCAAAAGACCUCAGUACUAAAGCCAAGGACAGCAGUAGGACUCCCAAAUCUGAUGUACCAUCAUCAUCAUCAUCAUGGGCUUCUUCUGGUCUAACAUGGACUAAGUCCACACACCCUUCCGGUUCCUCAAAGCUGACCCAAUUGACAUCCAUGGAACCUACACCUCCAUCCCAGGGAGUUAUUGUGAAUCCCUCAGUACUAUCAUCAUCAUCGUCAUCCCUCUGGCCAUGUCCAUCCAGACAGGGCACAGCCUUCGAACUGCCUCAAAUACUCUACCAACAGCCCAUGGCUGCUGAGAGCAGUGCCAACUCUUACCUGAACCUGUUACAAAUGGAUCGGCCAACAGGGGGCAUCAUGAUCUCACCCUUCUCAAAAUCAGAUACCAGACCAGAGUGGCAUUCUGGGACGGCCUUUAAGGAUGGAAGCAGGAUCGGCCUAGAUUCAGGUGUGCCUGCCUCAGAAAUACCUAAGGAUUUGUACUGGUAUUGAAGAAGCGAUUUCUGACUCUAUGAUCAAAAAUAUAUUUUCAGCACAAGACUGACUGUGUUUACAUUAUUACGUAAGCUUAGGAAUUCUGUGCUUUUGGACAUCUGGCAUAGUGACUCAAAACAUUAUAUUCAUGGUAUCAGACAUUCCUCAGAGAUAAAUGGCAGUUAAUUGCUUAUUUUAGCCGUGAGCAUGUGAAGAAUCUUGUAGUAGGACAUAAGAGAAUACCUGAUUGAAAAUAAUUCACUUCUCUUAACUAUUUAAUGGGUGAAUGAGGAAGUAAAGUCUAUUUGUAUGAUUUGUAAUACAAUU